AUGAGCAGCAGCGUUUCGACGUUUACGAGGACGACACAAACGACGACGUGCUUCUGCUGCAUAUCCUCUUUUUCGUCGUCGUCUUCUUCUUCUUCUUCUUCGAAACAGUCGAGGCAAAUUGGACCGGGAGGAGGGAAAAGAAGGAGCGUUUCGAGAUUUUUAACAUCACCAUCGUCGGUGGCAAAAGUGGAUAACGACGACAGACGCGGCGCGGUUUUGUUCGUCGCAACGAGAACAACAGGCACAGAAAACACGCGAAAGAGAUGUAGAAAAAGAGGCGUUUAUAUCUCCCCUUGUCGAGCAUCCGGGGCGUACGAGCAGUUCCUUUCCGGCAUCACCGAGAAAGACCGAAAAGAUGUGAGCGAAUCGUGGGAGAAAAUCAUGCGUUGGAAGUCGUUCGUAGAGAGCGCGAAUAAGAACGACGAGGACGUUCUGGCGAACACGAAGAAAGUGACCAUCAUGGGCGGCGGGUCGUUCGGGACCGCCAUGGGGACGUUAUUGGCGAGGAACAAGAGCGAUUUAGACGUGGUUUUACUGUUAAGAAACGAACAAGAGGCGGAGACGAUCAACGCGACCAAUCGCAACGCGAAAUAUUUGCCCAAGUACGAGUUACCGAAGAAUAUACGAGCGACGACGGACGCGAAAGAGGCGUUGAAGGAUUCCGAUUUUAUCAUUCACGCGGUGCCGACGCAACAUUCGAGGAAAUUUUUGAGUUCAGUGAAGGAUAUCAUCGAUCCGAAAACGCCUCUGUUGUGUUUAUCGAAAGGUUUGGAAGUCGGGUCGUCUUUGAUGAUGUCCGAGGUUAUUCCGGAGGCGUUGGAGAGGGACCAACCUUUGUGCGUUUUGAGCGGACCGACGUUUGCGGUGGAGUUGAUGCAAGGCUUACCGACCGGAAUUGUUGCCGCGUCGGAGAAUGAAGCGUUGGCGAGACGCGUGCAAUCGCUCUACGGGAGUUCGUGUUUGCGAGUGAACACGAGCACGGACGUGGUUGGCGUGGAGAUGUCCGGCGCGUUGAAGAACGUGUUGGCGAUUGCGGCAGGUAUUGUAGAGGGUCUGGAGUUGGGAAACAACGCCAUGGCAGCUUUGGUGGCGCAAGGAUGCGCGGAAAUUCGGUGGUUGGCUGGGAAGUUAGGCGCGAAGAGCGAGACUUUAGCCGGUUUGAGUGGAACCGGCGAUAUCAUGUUGACGUGUUUCGUGAACUUGUCCAGGAAUAGAACGGUAGGAUCGAGAUUAGGGAGCGGGGAAACGUUAGAGGAAAUUCUAGGAUCGAUGAAUCAAGUCGCAGAAGGCGUGGCUACGGCUGGGGCGGUUGUUCAGCUUGCCAGGAAACAUCGAGUGUCGUUACCGGUGUUGACCGCGGUGGCGAGAAUAUUGGAAGGAGACGUGGAUCCGAAAGACGCGGUGGAUCAGAUUAUGAAUUUACCUCAAGUUCCGGAAGUAUAA